AUGUCAAUCCUUCUAACAAUAUUCGUCUUGGUAUUUCUUACUGAACUAGUACGAUGGAUAGGAAAAUCUGUUCUUUUGGAGCUUCUAUACCCGGUCUAUACGAGAAUUUUCCUAAAAUCUACUGUUGAUCGACAACGAACGUUACGGGCGGAUGUAUUGGCUGCUAAGCGCGAUUUAUUACAAACUUCAUCACAAGAUCAAUUUGCCAAGUGGGCCAAGUUGCGAAGGAGAGUGGACAGAGGUCUUGCGGAAUUGGAUACAAUCAACUCGACCCUCGCAUCGGCAAGGACAUCUUUCUCUGUCAAGUUCAGUACGGUUUUGUGGACUGAUUCGCCUGACACUUGUCUAACAAUAAUUGGAUUUUUGAUCCAUGACGUUGCCUUCGCUUGGCAUUGGUUACUUUUGAACAUCAACUCGUUUCGGAUGGCACAGGAUGGUGGUACGGCCGCUCAGCAGUAUUCUAUCUUCCUCCAGGCUGGAUGGGCCCAGCAACCUGCUGCGGUGUUUGGCAGAUGGCCUGUCAGCGUGUUCUUAGAAUUAUUGAACGACUCGUACGAGAUGCAUUUGUCAAACACGAAAAUCCUUCCAUCCUUGUCGAAGAUCACGACUCGACAUCCGCCUCACCCUCGCCCUCGCCACGCGCCGAAAAAACCAUCCCCAUCUUUUGACGACACGCCUGGAAACAACACAUCUGCAGAUGAAAAAUCUACAGGUACAGCAUCCGCAAGGGACAGGGAUAGGGCAGAACUUAGAGCACGGUUGGCUGCGAGGCAGAGCGCACGCGCAGCGAAGUAG